AUGUGGGUGUCUGGGGAGGGGGUCCCCGCUUCCCGUCUGAGGCCACUGGGUGCGGGCAGAGCUCGCCGGCCGCGGCUGCAACAGGCUCCGCGCCUGGGCAUCCCCGGGAAGGGGGGCACCGUGCGGGAAGGGCCGUGGGUCCAGCCCCGGGAUGACGGCAAGGGGGACACCGGCAAGCGGUGCAGGGCUGGCUGGCGGCGCCACGGACCGGGGGCGUUCGCAGCUGGGGCGUGCGGGGGGAGCGGGGCUGCCGGGGACGUGCGGGCUGGGGGAGGAGCGGGGCUGGGCUGGAGACACUCAUACCGGGCGGGGAGCGGAGCGGCCGCCGAGUCGGGCCUCGCCGGUACCCUCGGGCCGCUCCGCUGCCCCCGGCCGCGGCCUGGGCCCCGCUACCCGCGUCGCAUCCCUGCCCGGUGCCUCUGGCGGAGGGUGACACCCCGGCGGGGAACCUCCCCGUUCCCGGUGCCGGGCGCGGCACCCCUUCCUCAUCACCAUCCUCCUCCUCCUCCCCCGGGGCGCGCGCCCGCCGGGGCCGGACGGGAGAUUUGCGCCCCGGUACGCGCCGCGCGCCCCCGCCGCGGCUCCCGGUGGCGGCGGCCCCGCGCGCCCCCGCCCCGGCCCCGCUACCCCCGCACCGCGCAACAGGCGGAGGCGCCGCGCCCGCUCCCUCCGCGGCUCCUGUUACCGGCGGCGGCGGCGCACGUGGCUCAGGCGGCGGGCGGCGGCUCCAUAGGGCGGCGGGGAGGGGGCCCGGUGCGCGCCCGGUGCGCGGCGCCGCCGCGCCGCCUCCCGGCGCUGCCUUUGUCUCCGGACCCACCGCCGCCCGGCGACUACCGGCGGGGAGACCGGCACUGA